AUUUCCCAGAAGGCCCUGGGCCAAGUGUGUGGUUUCCUCUCAUUUCCGGGUCUGUCAGGUGACUCUCCGGUGGCGCCAUGGCGGAAGCAGAGGAGCAGGAAACUGGGUCCCUUGAGGAAUCUACAGAUGAGUCUGAGGAAGAAGAGAGCGAAGAGGAACCCAAGCUGAAGUAUGAAAGGCUUUCCAAUGGGGUAACUGAAAUACUUCAGAAGGAUGCAGCUAGCUGCAUGACAGUCCAUGACAAGUUUUUGGCAUUGGGCACACAUUAUGGCAAGGUUUAUUUACUUGAUGUCCAGGGGAACAUCACUCAGAAGUUUGAUGUAAGUCCUGUGAAGAUAAAUCAGAUUAGCUUGGAUGAAAGUGGAGAGCACAUGGGUGUGUGUUCAGAGGAUGGCAAGGUGCAGGUAUUUGGACUGUAUUCUGGAGAAGAAUUUCAGGAGACUUUUGACUGUCCCAUUAAAAUUAUUGCUGUGCACCCACAUUUCGUGAGAUCCAGUUGCAAGCAGUUUGUGACCGGAGGGAAGAAGCUGCUACUGUUUGAACGGUCUUGGAUGAACAGAUGGAAGUCUGCUGUUCUGCAUGAAGGGGAAGGGAACAUAAGGAGUGUGAAGUGGAGAGGCCAUCUGAUUGCUUGGGCCAAUAAUAUGGGUGUGAAGAUUUUUGACAUCAUCUCAAAGCAAAGAAUCACCAACGUGCCCCGGGAUGAUAUAAGUCUUCGCCCAGACAUGUAUCCCUGCAGCCUCUGCUGGAAGGACAAUGUGACACUGAUUAUUGGCUGGGGGACUUCUGUCAAGGUAUGCUCAGUGAAGGAACGGCAUGCCAGUGAAAUGAGGGAUUUGCCAAGUCGAUAUGUUGAAAUAGUGUCUCAGUUUGAAACUGAAUUCUACAUCAGUGGACUUGCACCUCUCUGUGAUCAGCUUGUUGUACUUUCGUAUGUAAAGGAGAUUUCAGAAAAAACGGAAAGAGAAUACUGUGCCAGGCCUAGACUGGACAUCAUCCAGCCACUUUCUGAGACUUGUGAAGAGAUCUCUUCUGAUGCUUUGACAGUCAGAGGCUUUCAGGAGAAUGAAUGUAGAGAUUAUCAUUUAGAAUACUCUGAAGGGGAAUCACUUUUUUACAUCGUGAGUCCGAGAGAUGUUGUAGUGGCCAAGGAACGAGACCAAGAUGAUCACAUUGACUGGCUCCUUGAAAAGAAGAAAUAUGAAGAAGCAUUGAUGGCAGCUGAAAUUAGCCAAAAAAAUAUUAAAAGACAUAAGAUUCUGGAUAUUGGCUUGGCAUAUAUAAAUCACCUGGUGGAGAGAGGAGACUAUGACAUAGCAGCACGCAAAUGCCAGAAAAUUCUUGGGAAAAAUGCAGCACUCUGGGAAUAUGAAGUUUAUAAAUUUAAAGAAAUUGGACAGCUUAAGGCUAUUAGUCCUUAUUUGCCAAGAGGUGAUCCAGUUCUGAAACCACUCAUCUAUGAAAUGAUCUUACAUGAAUUUUUGGAGAGUGAUUAUGAGGGUUUUGCCACAUUGAUCCGAGAAUGGCCUGGAGAUCUGUAUAAUAAUUCAGUCAUAGUUCAAGCAGUUCGGGAUCAUUUGAAGAAAGAUAGUCAGAACAAAACUUUACUUAAAACCCUGGCAGAAUUGUACACCUAUGACAAGAACUAUGGCAACGCUCUGGAAAUAUACUUAACAUUAAGACAUAAAGACGUUUUUCAGUUGAUCCACAAGCAUAAUCUUUUCAGUUCUAUCAAGGAUAAAAUUGUUUUAUUAAUGGAUUUUGAUUCAGAGAAAGCUGUUGACAUGCUUUUGGACAAUGAAGAUAAAAUUUCAAUUAAAAAGGUAGUGGAAGAAUUGGAAGACAGACCAGAGCUGCAGCAUGUGUAUUUGCAUAAGCUUUUCAAGAGAGACCACCAUAAGGGGCAGCGUUACCAUGAAAAACAGAUCAGUCUUUAUGCUGAAUAUGAUCGACCAAACUUACUUCCCUUUCUCCGAGACAGUACCCAUUGCCCACUUGAAAAGGCUCUUGAGAUCUGUCAACAGAGAAACUUUGUAGAAGAGACAGUUUAUCUUCUGAGCCGAAUGGGUAAUAGCCGAAGUGCCCUGAAGAUGAUUAUGGAGGAAUUACAUGAUGUUGAUAAAGCAAUCGAAUUUGCCAAGGAGCAAGAUGAUGGAGAGCUGUGGGAAGAUUUGAUUUUAUAUUCCAUUGACAAACCACCAUUUAUUACUGGCUUGUUAAACAACAUUGGCACACAUGUUGACCCAAUUCUACUGAUUCACCGUAUUAAGGAAGGAAUGGAGAUCCCCAAUUUGAGAGAUUCCUUGGUUAAAAUUCUGCAAGACUACAAUUUGCAAAUUCUGCUUCGUGAAGGCUGCAAGAAGAUUCUCGUAGCUGACUCUUUGUCCUUACUGAAGAAAAUGCACCGAACUCAAAUGAAAGGUGUUCUUGUUGAUGAGGAGAACAUCUGUGAGUCGUGCCUUUCCCCUAUUCUUCCAUCAGAUGCAGCUAAGCCCUUCAGCGUGGUGGUCUUCCAUUGCCGGCACAUGUUCCACAAGGAGUGCCUGCCCAUGCCCAGCAUGAACUCUGCUGCACAGUUCUGCAACAUCUGCAGUGCUAAGAACCGUGGACCAGGAAGUGCAAUUUUGGAGAUGAAAAAAUAGCUCAUUUCUCCUUGUCAGUCUCCUCGUCACCACUCUUUUUGAGACUGUUUUUGCAACAACAAAAGCAUUUGUUGACACUCGUGCUGUUAAGAGAUUUAUGUUUAUAUUAUACUCAAAAACAAUUUCUUCAUCUAUUCCUGUACUAAUGGUUUCUCUUUGCAGUUCACAGAGAAUUUGGGGCUCUCUUCAUGCCUUGAAAUUUUGGGGUCCGUAGUCAAUAUUUUGUUAUUUAUUUGUUUGGCUCAUUCUUUAUAUAGUAAUGGAAACAUAAGUCUAGGAGUUAGAAAUGAAUUUUUUAGACCUUAGUAAAACCAUUUAACCAUAAAAUGGACAACUGAGAAUUCUCACAGCUGCCUGAAAGCGUCGCCAACUGUGGUUAUCCUGCAAGCUGCUACCUGCAACUUCGACGUUGUUUCCACGUGCUCUGCUGGCUACCAUUCUUGCAUUCUGGGUAUGGCUUUUUUCUGUGUCAUUAACUAUGGUUAUCCUCUAAAUAGGCAUUUAAUGAAACGUACAAAUUGUCACUCAUUUGAUGACAUCUGGGAAUAACAUUAGCAGGCUGAUGUCCUGCACCAUUAUGUUUACUAAUCACAUGUUCUGUGUGCUGUGACGACUGUCAGAGUAUCUGGCCAUGGCGGACACUCAGCAUUUGUUGAUUGAAUAAAUGUUAGCUCUUCUCAUUG